AUGGCCCGCCAGAAAGCGGUCGCAUGCGGCAGAAAGCGCCGCGGACGGCCUCCUACUCGCUCUGCCAAUGUAGCAGAGAAACCUGAAGCUAUGGGCCCUGCAAUGUCGCCUCCAAUAUCCGACGAGAAGGCUUCUCCAGCCAAGAGAACUCCCAGAAAAGCUGCGGCCCGCGGGAAGUGGAGCGAGGAGAAGCUGUUGACUAGCGACAAGUCGGUACUCAUUAAUGAGGACCUCGUGAAGCUCCUAUCCAAACCCGAAGCCUGGAACUUCCUCGAAGAAGACGAGAAGCGUGAGAUCCUAGCUCUCCUUCCCGCAGAUAUCCACCCGGACGCGGAUCUAUCACAGGAAGAUCCAAGCUACCGAAUCCCACCACUCCCACAAUCAUUUAUUCGAUACUCCACGAAUUGGCGGGAGGCCCUCCGUGUGUUCCAAGCCGAUCUUGAGAACGGCCGCUACGAUCCAGAAUGGCUGCGCCAGGCUGAAAAUGCUAGGCGCGAGCGCGAGAAUGGCGACUUUGACUCUUUCAAAGAGAGGGAGUUUGAGCAAUUCUGGGGACAGAAGCAGAAGAUGGAUAUGGCGGCCGCUGCUGGAGAACAUGGUCGCAUUCAGUUGCGCGUGCUCGUCGAGGCUGGUGUCAUUCUGCCUGGUGAUGUCUGGAGAUUCACCUUUGUCUUUGGGAAGGGAGAAACUCGAAUGGUUAUCGACAAGGAAGCUCGGGUUCACGAGAUCAACGGCUCUUUGCUGUCAUUCGUGGUUGCUACUGGACCACGUACUCUCCUCACCAGUGUCCACGGUGAAGUCCAAGAAGGUUUCGCUCAGGAGAUGAGGGAAUCGGACCAGCUCACAGACGCCAAGGAAGAUGUCAAAACAGACAUUAUGGAAGUGUCCAACGGCCACGAAAGUGCCGAACCAGCUCCGCAGCAGAUGACCACUAAAGCGGAUGAAAAUAAUGUGACAAGUCUACAGGAGUCGGUUACUGUUCCAGAUGAGACAGUCCAAUCUAUGACAACGCAAGACCCGGAGAAUAAUGGCAACGGCCCGCAGGACCCAAAAUCUAUCUCGAACGAGAGGCCUUCAACUACAAGUGUGCCCACUGAAGAUAUUGAGAUGAAGGAAAAUGGCGAAAAUAGGCCACAGAUGCCGAUCGCUACCCCGAAUGACUCGCCCCGAGGCAGCAAGACCACUGUGCAGGUCUUGAUUGUCAGCCCAAGGCACAACUCGAGAUUAGCAGGUGAGGGUGCCAAACGAACCAUACCUUUGCCUGCACCGCAGCCUCCUGCGAAGCGGAAGCGAGGUCGGCCGCGCAAGCACCCGAUACAGCCCGUCCCCGAGCCCGAACCAGAAGCUAAAGCCCAGCCACAAGCUGAAUUGGAACCUAAAGCUGAACCUGAAAUUGAAAGUUCAAGCCAGCCAAAGCCUGAAGCCACCGAAGCCACGGUGUUUACAAAGCUCACGGAAACAGAACAAAUCAACACCCGUCCCUAUAGAAUGGAGCCAGUGGAAAAAUCAAUACGAUGGGAAAACGCCAACGAUACUACGCCCAAUUCUUCGAACGAGCCCAAUGCACGGGAGGAGUUUGCAAACAAAAAGAUAGAAGGCGAUCAGACUGAUCUACCAAGCUCUCCUCUAUCCGAGGCACCGGAGGAUCUGUCACUUGAAUCUGAGCUUGAACCCCAAUCUCAAACCCAAUCCCAACCCAAUCCCAAACCUCCACUUCACCUUAUCCCCUACGGACCCAAUGAGGUUAUCAUCACCGGAAUCAAGACUCCUAGGAACCUGGUGUCCAAUCUCCUCCAAAUCGACGGCCGACCCAAAGAAGGCGCACGUUCUGCAAACGCAUGGAAAGAGAUCCGCUGCUACCGAAAGAACCAGGACAUGGGCAGUCUCUUUGAAGUGAGACAAACCUGGUAUUACAAGCAAAAGCAAAAGUGGAAUUCAAAGGACCAGGACCUGGACCCGGAAUGGGAGGGAUAG